AUUAGUGGACAACCUGCUCUACCAACUGAGCCACAGCCGGCCCCAUUCUCACAUAUGUGUCCUUACCCUCCAAAUGUGUGAGGGUUGUGUGGAUAACAGCAUUAACAGCAUCAUCAGUGGAAUGAUUUUGUCGAUAUGCAAAUUGAAGUGGGUCCAUAGUGGCUGGUAUAGUCCUUUUUAUGUAGGACAUGACUAUCCUUUCAAAACACUUCAUAACAACUGGUGUAAGUGCAACUGGAUGACAAUCAUUCAGGCAGGUCACAGUGUUUUUCUUUGGGAGUGGCACAGUUGUGGUGGACUUAAAGCAGGUAGGCACCGAGGCCGGACCAAGGUACAGAUUGUAGGUGUGUGAACACAUCAGCCAGCUCCAACAAGCAAACCCUGCUCGUGCUUUCCCGGGGAUGUUGUCUGGGCCGGCUGCCUUCCGUGGGUUCGUUCUCUUCAGAGCCAUGUGCAGCUCUGCUGAUGACACAGUGACUGGCAUGUCCAAUGUGCCCUCUAAGUCCAGAAUCCUAUGCUGGCUAAUGUUUGGGGCCUCAAACUGAGUAUAGAACUCAUUCAGCUCAUCUGGGAGUGUAGUCUUUGUAAUCAUAGCUCCCUGGCUCCCCGAAGACUCGAGAGGUGAACUAAUCAUUUCUGUUUCGAGAGGCACAGAAUCCAAGUCACUUAAAUGACAAAGAAAUGAUA